GUGACAAUCUCCAAGGAGCACGGAACUGUUUAAGUAUGGUUGACAGUUUUCCUAUACACGCGAACACAAUUAACGGUAUAAAUAAUAAAUGAAAAUGGCGGUCCAGGGUCCGUAUACCCUUGAUCUGGAGAAUCAAAAGAAAAACGUUUUUGUCACACAAUUACAUGACCGAGAGGAUGAAGAAGAUAUCACAGCUUUUCCUGUGGUUAAAGAAUCAGGAGACAAGCUUAUUGAGUCUGGGAUCAAUACAUUGCAAAAAACACUUCUUCUCAAAAAAGAAGUAGAAAUUGAUAAAGUUAAUGGUCUUUUGGAUGCAAAACGUUAUGAGUUCAAGCAGAGAAUUGACAACUGUGCUCAGCGACAAUUACAGCUGCAGAAAAAACAACAACAGAUGAAAGAUAGAGUCGCCAAGUUUGAAAAGUUUAUCCAAGAGAAUGAAGCCAAAAGACGACGAGCCAUACAGAAAUAUCAGCAGGAGGUCAGACUACGGGAGCAAAAAGCACUGGAGUUUUCAUCUCUAUCAGAUCAGUUGGAACAGUUGAAAAAAAGGCAUAAAACUCUAGAAGCAAAAUUAAAAGCUUACAAGAUCUUUGAGCAAUACCUAAGAAGUGUUGUUGAUGCAAUGCCAGAAGAUUAUCUCCCUUCAACUGAAGACAAAAUUAAAGGACUAAUGAUGAGAUAUAGAACAUUAAGUGAAUCUAACAAAGGUUUAGUGGAUAACCUGGAAACUAUUUCUGAUGAGCUUGAGGUUUGUAGGAAGGAAUAUGAGGUGUUGAACCAGGAGCACCAGAAGAGUCGCCUAUCCAAUACUUCAGAGUUGUCGCAGUUGUUAGAGAAGCAGGAGGUCCUCCAGAGUAGGACUGAACAGAUGGAACAGAACUACAACAUGACAAGUGAAGACCUAAGACACAAGAGAACAGAGGUGGGGAUCAUCUUUAUGGCAAUUGAUAACAUCUAUGACAAGUGUAAAAAACCAACAGAUCUACCUCUGGGGAAAGAAGAUUGGGAUCAAAAGCUCAACAAAAUCAAAGAUUAUUUACAAGAAAGAGAAGGGGUUGCUAAAAUUGUUCAAAGUGCCACAAAUUCUUCUACAGGAAGUAGUUCCACAGAACAAACUAAAGCCAGGGCAAAGGUUAAAAGUGCUUCAAGAUUGAAAGUCACAAUAGCACAGGCGCCUAAAUAAGAAAACUGAUACUUUAUUAUGCCAAUGUUUCUCAAACUGUGGGGUAGGGAGGUGUGAGGUCUUCUCAAGGUGGGGCAUGACAUCCUGAAUAAAGGGGGUGGCAGAUUGGGUCCAUUUUUGUUUUCAAGGGGCAAAAAAGGUAUUGUCAUUGUAGUUUUUAAUCCAUGUUUAUCUGCGAAACAUAAUAUCUAAAAGAAAUGGACAAGCUUUAAUGAAAAUUAAAUAUGUAAAUUUAGAUUACUAACAUAUUGUAAAUCUUUAUAUAUAUAUUGUAACCAAAAAUUGUUUUAUACAUGUUUUUUGCUUUUUUUUUUUUUAAUUACAUUCUAAAUACCCUUCAUGACCCCACUGUGAAAGCCUACAGCUCCUGAGGUCUUCAGGGGUUGCAAACACAACUUUUCUGGUUUAAUUAAUGCUGGAUUAUGCAUGUCAGAGUUAAGACCAAACAGGAGUUCCCACUCAAUGCCAAAAUCAAUUAAAAAAUGUUAAGCUUUUUUGGUAUUCUUUACAACUAUUGAAAUUUUGUAAAAUUAUUAGAUCACCAAAGAUCAAUCAAUAAUUUUGUACAAUUUGUUCAUUUCUUACUAACAUUUUCACCCAAAUAGCUCAUGAAAAAGUGGAAAACAAAUCGGCACUUUAAUUAUAACUCUUAUGAUUGAAUGUACAUUUUUUGGUCAUACAAUCAUUUUUUUUUGUAAUGCUUGUAAGUUUUGUACAUGUCAAUUCUGUUUAGUGAUAUUUCAACUCUAUGUUAUUGUGUUUUGAUGCAACUAAUACAAAUGUCUACUUAUGUUCUUUAGUAGCUGCUUAAAUGUUUAAAGUUUUUUAAUAAUAUUUUUAAUCAGGAAUUGUCUGUAGUUUUGUUCUAUGAUGGUUCAUGUAAAGACACUAAAAUAUCAGCCAUGACAUUAAAUGCCAAAGUGUACAUAAAGACAUAAGCUGGAGCGGAUGCAUAUAAUCUAAUUGUACUAAGUAUUUGAUCUGACUGUGAUUUCUUUCUUUCUUUCUUUUUUUUUAUUUACUGUAAAUUUUUAUUUGCUAAAUACAUACCAUAAUAUAUGAUGUAUUUAUAUGUGAAUAAGAUUAUUUAAAAAAAAUAAAAAUCAAACGAUGAGGUAAAAGAAAACAAAAA